AUGGUUGCAUAUGGUGUUGCAUCUCGAGCUAUGUAUAAAUACAAUGAAGAUGCGGAUAAUGAUGAUUUAACAUUUGAUGGUCGUUCAAUUUUUCGACAUGUUCUCUAUCCAAGUUAUUAUCUUAUGUAUGGAUCAACAGAAAACGAAUUAGCAGCACUUGAUCGAAAUCGAGAUCUUGGUACAGCUAUUGCUACUCAAAUUUUAUUAGCUUUUCAUAUGUUAUUUGUUAAUAUUCUUCUUAUUAAUCUUCUUAUUGCUAUGUUUAGUUAUACAUUUGAAACAGUUCAAAGUCAAACUGAUCAUGUAUGGCGUUAUGAACGAUAUUCAUUUAUUCGUGAAUAUUUUGAUCGAUCGCCACUUUUUCCUCCAUUUAUUAUCAUAAGUCAUUUAAUUGAACUUAUUAAAUUCUUGAUAGGACUUUGUCAAAAAAGAAAUAAUUCAAAUAUGAAAAAAAAUCAAGCAAAAAUAUUUAAAAUGAUUGCUGCUAAUCAUGAAAUAGAUAAAGAUUGGUCAGAAUUUGAAAGUUAUGCAACAAAUCUUUAUGCUCGAACAAAAGUUUCUGGUACAUCUUCAUCAUCAGCUACUGUUGUGGCAUCCAGGACACGUCAAGAUGUUCCACCUACAAUAUUAGAUACAAUGAAUACUUCACCAUCAUCGUUAACUAUAGAUUUGAAAGCAAUUACUGAUGAAAUUGCAUCGAUUAAAAAAGUUAUUGGAGAUCUUCGAACAUAUACUGAAGAAGUUAGAUGAGAUAAAAAAAAACUAUUUUUAAAAUGAUUUGAUGUUCUUUCUAUUUGUUUUUUUGUAGAUGAACAGAUCUAUGCAAUCGAUGAUGGAUGUUCAGGAACGAGUUAAAAUGUCAAAAGAACUAAAACCAAGAAUAAGAUCAGCAAUAACAACUAAUGGUGAGAUUAUUGAAUUUUUUUUUAAUUUUAUUUUUAUCUUCUUAUUUCGUUAGAUCUAUAUGAAGUGGACGAUUAAGUUUUAUUUUGAUUAAAAUCUAUGUAUUUUUAUUAUAUUGAUUUCAAAUGUGUUGUUGUCAAUCAAUUUUUCUGAACAUUUUCGAAAGAACUAAUGAAGAUUGUCAUGUUAUUAAAUAAUAACUAAAUUGAAUGACUAUCUUUUAACGAGUAUAUUUACUUCUUCUUUUAUAUAGUGAAUAAUUUUGCAAAAGAGAUCACUUAAUACAUAAAAACUAUAUUUUCAUAUGGUAUAGUAGUGAUGAAUUUCUAUUACACGAGUCAUACAUAAAAAUUGACGAUGUUAGCGUUGUCAACAUUUCUAUUUUUCUGACUUCAUUAUAAGAAAUAUGCUUUUUGUGAAAAAUGUUUUUCACAAAAUUGUCCUAGAGUUUUAUGUGAUUCAACUCUUAACUAUUUCUAAAUACAUGGCAAAAUCUCUCUAAAAAAAAAUGAUAAAAAAAUUCUUAAUGAACAACAACCGUUUCUUGAGCUAUCUCAACAAUUAUAAUUGUAAACAAACUUAUGCAAGCUGUAAAGUAACAUGUUGGCCGAAACAGUAUUACACUAUGUGAGUUUAGGUAAAGAAAAGGCCCAUAAAUAUACCUCGUCUGGUUAGUACAAUACAUUAUAUGUACAUCUAUUCAAAUCAAUUACUAUAACGUUACUUUAUUCCUGAUCCUGUCUUUACAGUGAAUUGUGACCCAUUGACUUGAUAUAUUUCACUGUAAACAGCUGUAUUUUUUGACCAGGUAACUGUAUCCAACAAGAAACUUCAGUUGAGAACUAGAAAAAGUAACACCAACAAGAAUGUAAAACAACACACACACGAUAUUUUUGAAAUUUGAUUUAAUAAAAACUAAGUAAUAUUUCUAAUUAUGUUAACUUAGUGAAAGUGAACUUCAUGAAAAUGUUAAUUUUUUACUGCUUAAAGUGUGUAUUCUCUAUGAUUCAAGAUGAUGAAAUCUAUUGAAUACUAUGAAUUAGAAUUGUGUUGCAUUGAUAUAGUACAAUCACUAACAAAUUAUGUGCAUGCUAAAGAUUAAAGUUUCAAACAAACGUUUAUCAAAUAGUGUGAAAGUUUCGAAUUGUCACUUUUCCUUCCUUCUAAUCAGUAAAAUAUUAUAGUCUAGACGAAUUCUUAUCCAUCAUAUACAGAAUAUCAAUUAUAAAUACAUUUUUUUAAUUUAUGCUAUUUUUUUCAAAUACGCUAUCAAUUAUAGAAUAAAUGGUAUAAAAACAUAAAUUAAAAUGCUCUAGAAUAGUUCAUAUUUUCAAGACAAUAUAUUUAUUGAGAUAAAAGAAAUGAUGUGUAUUCUUUAUCAAAAAGUUCAUAAUUGUAGUAUAACUCUGGCGUAUAGUUCUAGAUGUACAUUACUUUCUUGGUUAUGUGCGAUGACAUGAAGUUCGGGCUUCGAGGAGCAAUAGAAACAUUUGAGUGUUUUCGAAUCAAAUGAAAAAGCACUGUGAUAGUAGCGAUAACCACAUUUGAAUUUUGUAUCUCUAAUACCGUAUUCAUGACAUUCAAUCCAUAGCCAUACAUUGAAUGCAGCUUCACCAGGAUUUAUUCCACUUCGAAUAAAGACAUUCACACUAACCUUUCUUACUGUAGAUGGAAAUAUGAUGUUAAGUGGAAACGUGACUUGUUCAAGUGUAUUGAAUUGAAAUUUGCCAAGUGAAUAUGGAAUAACUUUAGAACUCCUCAAACUGACGUAAGAUAAUUCUAAUAUUAUCAAUGAUAAUAAAUACAUAUUCAUUAUUAGAGUAAUCACUUACGUGUACCAUUGUUAGCAGUACUAUGAGUGAUGAGGAGAGUGAGUAAAAAAGUUAUAACCUUCAUCUUUUCACAAAAUCAAAAUGAAUGUGUGCUUGCUUUAAACGCAACUUUAGUAGUAUGUAUUUUCAUUGCAUAAAUAUCC